UACUUCUUGACAGCGAAGCAGCAUUUCGCUUUCUCACCAACGACUUGUUUGACUUUAACGUUUAUUUCUAUUUGAAGCAAAUCUGCUCUGAGUAUUUUCAUCAUGUUAUCAAGCUCUUAGACAGUUCCAAUGUUUAUGCUGCAAGCUAUAUUUGAUAUACACACAGUGCUUGAAGCCAUGGACUAAGGAUGGAAAAUACGCCUGGUGAGGAUCCACAUCUUAAAUUUGGUCUUGCCCAGCCAACACUCAUCCAACAGAUCAAGAAAAUACUAGAUCAGUAUCCUGAUGAUGGACAAAUACUCAAGGAGCUCAUUCAAAAUGCUGAAGAUGCUGAAGCCAAAGAAGUGAAAUUUUUAUAUGACCAUAACUCAUAUGGCACAAAGAACUUGUAUCACCCUGACCUAGCCGAGUUUCAGGGUCCAGCAUUGUAUGCCUAUAAUGACGCCAAGUUUACUGAUGAAGACUGGGAUGGCAUUGGUAUGUUGUGUGACAGCAUCAAGGCAAAGGAUCCCACCAAAGUUGGGAGAUUUGGUCUUGGAUUUAAAUCUGUUUUUCACAUGACAGACCUACCAAGUAUGAUCAGUGGCCAGUUUCUUGGAAGCCUGGACCCAAGUGAAAAGUUCUUUGGUAGCAACGAAUUGUUUAGGAUAUCUGGCAAAAAAUGGUACUUGAAUAUUCAUAGCGAAGAGCAUAUUUCAGACCAGUUCUCCCCAUACAAGGGUAUACCUAUUUUUAACUGCACCAAUGAAUCCUUUGAAAAAGGUAGCUAUGAAGGAACGCUGUUUCGUUUGCCUUUAAGGCAAAAACAGUCGCCGUUAUCGGAGACAGUUUACUCGAGAGAAAAGAUUCAAAGUUUGUUUAAAUGCUUUGAAAAAGAUGCUCAUUUGAUUCUACUUUUCUUGAUGAAUAUUGAACGGAUUGAAGYUUACGAGAGAGAGGCAGACUCUUCACAGCCUAGAAAACUAUUCCAUGUCGGGAUCUCAGACCACUGCUUGGCAGAUGUCAGGAAAGCGAGAAAAGAAUUCAAAUUAAAGAAAGAAAAAAAUAUUUCAGAUCUUUCCAAAGGUUCCUCCUUUCCUGAGGUGAAAAAAAGUUACACUCUUACAAUCGAAACAGUACAUUACAACGAAGGAGAAACACCAAGCACGAAGCCUAUAGAGCACUCGUUUGUCGUUACAUUGUAUUUUAGUGGRUCGGAUGUAACUCAUGAGAUAAAAGCUUUGAUGACAGAUGAAUCGCUCAGCUACUUGCCAUUGGUUGGUGUCGCUUUACCUCUUCAGCCACAAGUGAAGCACGAAGACUGUACAGAUGUUAACAUGGAUAGGGAUCUUAACGAGAAAUGUGUGGAUGACGAUAUCGAUGAUGAACAUGAUUCUGAAAUUAUAAAAAACAGCACAGGAAACGGAAUCAAGAGAAGAAAAAUAAAUAGUGGGAACGAAAGGAAGAGGACGAAAACAAGUCCAUUUGAGCCACAGGGCCAUAUUUUCUGCUUCUUACCUUUGCCGCUAGAAACCAAGAGCAUGACAGGUCUGCCUGUUCAUGUUAAUGGUUUCUUUGCCUUGAGUCAGAACCGUCGUCAUCUGAAAUGGCCAAGUGCUGAUCAAGAUGAAACAAUCCAACCCUUAACAGACAAGUCAUUGCUGUGGAACAAAGGGUUGUUGCAGGAAGUGCUGCCCAAGGCCUACGCUGAGCUUAUUCUCCAUGUCAUUUCAUGUUUGUCAAARGAGGAACCACGACAAAGGUUGGUCACAAGUGAUGCGUACAGUGCAUGGCCAGACGUAAACAAAGUUGAUGUGAAAUGGAAGAGCAUUCUGAAGCCAUUAUUUGAUAUACUGCUGCAAUCUGAAGUGUUACACACGRAUGCUAAUGGCGGAGGCUGGUGCAAAGUGGAAGAGGUUCUCCUUGACAGUCUAGAGAAAAGUGAUCAGUCCACGAGAGGAAUUGUGAUUGACCUUCUUAACAAAGCAAGCCAAAAAGUUGUCACAGUUCCAGCACAUGUGGAAUCAGCUCUGCAUAAAUUCCGUACUAUAAAUCAUGUCACCCCAAAGACAUUGAGAGAGAGUUUAAAGGCAUAUCCAUCUUGCUACUCCUGUUUGAGCCACCAGGACAAGAUUCUACUUCUGAAGUUUGUUCUCAGUGAUUCUAACUUCACAGAACUUGAAGGUCUCGAAUUACUACCCUUAUCUGACAAGACAUUCACAGCAUUCAGAGGAGGAAGAGAUGAUCCAAUUUACAUUGAUUCCGCUGAACACCCAAAGUCACUGUUGCCAGGGUUACAGGGAAGGUUCUUGGAUACAGAUUUGGAUGACAUUGUAACAGACAAAUUGAAAAAGGCAGUUAGGAAAGGCCAUACGCAGUUAUGUUACUUCAACAAAGAAGCUGUUAUACGGCAUCUCCACCAAACGCUGCCUUCUGAUUGGUUAGGCUCAGAARAUCACGUGACCUGGCACCCUGGAAAAUCCAACCACCCAGCAAUUGAAUGGUUGAAGACCUUGUGGGAGUAUUUUGGUAGACAUUUUGCACACUCGACGUCUGAUUUAGAUGCAUUUAUCGGGCUUUCUCUUGUUCCUGUGACCCCGUUGUCCAAUCAGAGCGAGGUACAUCUUGCAAGAAUUCAGCAACCAUGCAGUCUUGUUCUUGCUUCUUUCAACGGUGAAAAUAUUGAUGAGUCAGUGUGUCACGUCUUGGAGGAUCUUGGUAUAACCAUCUUGAAAGAUCUUCCAGAGUGCAUUCGGCAUUACCCGGAACUAGUUCCUUCUUUCGUUAAUCCGGCAAGUCCAAAGGGGGUACUUCAGGCCAUGGGAGUCAUUUUUAAAAGUCCCCAGAGAAAGGACGACCUAUUACAGAAGAUGAGAGGACUACCUGCUGACAAGAUUCGUUCAUUCAGAACAUUUCUUUCAAGUUUAUCGAGUCUAAMACCGAAUGAAACAUUUUUACUACGACAACUACCCUUGUUUGAAACAUAUGUUGGUUGUGGAGAGAGACUGUCGCGUUUCGUGUCACUAGAGGAAGUGAAUAUUGGAGCUCCAGUCGAUGAUUUGCCAGCUGUGUCUGUAUUCACCGACUUACUUGACAUGAGAGAUCGCAGCAGCCGAGCUCUUGCUCAAUUGCUCAACACUUUGCAAAUGACACUCAUUGUUUUAUUGAAGACAUUGUUGGACGAUGCUUUGCGUAACAACUAUGCUCAAAGGGAGGUUGACGUGCUGGCCAAGUACACCCUUGAACGGUUUGGUAGUCUUCAUGGGAAGGAAUUAAGGUGCAUCAAACAAAAGCUACAGUGUUUGUCAUUUGUUGUGUCUAGUGACAACUCGAGGAAGAAGCCCACCGAACUGUUUAAUCCUGAAGAUGAUCUUCUUACAAAAAUCUUCCUGGGUGAAGAGGUAUUUCCGGAAACGUCGUAUUACUCACAACCUGAAGUUAAUGCUCAUUUGAAGAAUUUGGGUCUGAAAGGACAAGAAAAGAUCACUCCAUGUGAUGUCUUGAACAGUGCUAAUAUGGUUACAGACAUCAAAGAUCAAAGCGAAGCAAUCCAAAAGUCAAAUGGUAUCUUAAUGUAUUUAAGUAAGCAUUUAAAUGCGUUCAAAAAGAGAAAUGGCUCUGAAGAACCCGUCAUCCAGAAACUCAAGUCCAUUCCCUGGGUUCCAGUGGUCACUACUAGGCCUAUAACGUAUCCUAGCGCUCUUCCCUUGAAGGAAGGUGACGCGGGUUUUUUAGCCUGUCCCAAAGAUGUCAAGUCAAUUGACUUUAUUAAUGUUGUUGGGAGUGUUAAAAAUCUAGUUGACAUACAAUCUAACGCAUGUCCAGAGCUCUCUGAGUACUUCAAAUGGAACGAAAACCCAGUGGUAAGCGACGUCGUAAUGCACCUUCGACAUGUCACUUCAGAAUACAACGUCGACGAAAAGCAUCUUUUCAUUCCUGUCGUCAAAGAUAUUUACUCUUAUCUUGCCAAACAAAACAGUUCUGAAGUUAAGAAAGCGCUGCAAGGAAAGAAUAUCUCAAAGUGGGUGUGGAACGGAGAUGGAUUUUCAAGUCCAAAUGAAAUUUCAAUCGAGAGUCCGUCUAUAAACCUUUCUCCGUACUUUUCAUCUUUACCAACAGAAACAAAAGGUUUCAGCGGCUUCUUUAAAGAGUGUGGCAUAAAAGUUAAAUUCAAUGAAGAGGAUUUGGUAAAUAUCCUUAGACAAAUCAAGACAGCCCACGAGGAAAGAAAACAAGAACCUAGUUCCUGUGAACGUGAUUUGACUCUCGUAAUUACGAUCUUAAAUAAACUGAAACCUUCAAAUGGACAACCAUUCAGUACAGAUCUUAGAGAAACACUCUUACUUCCUGUAGAUGUUAAAGACAAUACGAGACUUGAGCUCGUUUCAGUUAGCGAGUGCACAUAUUGUGAUCUAGAGUGGCAAAAAGAAGGCUAUGACAUGAGUGAUUUUGAUGAUAAAGAAGAGGGGGAAAUCAAGCUAGUUCACAGAAACGUCCCGAUUUCGACGGCAGAGCUGUUAGAGGUACCUACACUGAUGAGCCGAUUCCUUAGUGCAGACGAGCUUGAAAUGGGUGAAAGUUUCGGUCAGUCCGAGUCGCUGUUAGACAGGCUUCGUGGGCUGCUGGAUGGGUAUACUGACGGCUUGUCUGUGCCCAAAGAACUGAUACAGAACGCUGAUGAUGCAGGGGCCACUGAGGUACGAAUCUUGUACGAUGAGCGAACAAACGAGGAUUGCAUGACACGCUUGAUAGACGAAGGGAUGAAAGAAUGUCAAGGUCCCGCCCUGUGGGCUUACAACGAUGCCGUAUUCUCGGAUGAAGAUUUCCAGAACAUCGUCAAACUCAACGCAGCCACUAAGAAGGAAGAUUCUAGAAAGAUUGGACGUUUUGGUCUUGGGUUUAACUCUGUUUACAAUUUAACAGAUGUUCCAAGCUUUGUCAGUAGAAACUCUAUCGUGAUUCUCGACCCUCAUACCACGUACCUUGGWAAGGGAAUACGAGACAAGAGYAAGCCUGGAAUAAAGYUAAGAAUGGAGGAGAGAAAGCUUUGCAGGCUGGAAAACCAGUUUAAGCCGUACAAUGGGAUAUUUGGCUGCGACCUUCGACCUGGAGCACAGCAGAAAUCAUACAAUGGUACCCUGUUUCGAUUGCCACUUAGAACAGCAAGUCAGGCAUUAAAAAGUGGAAUCAAGAAUCUUCACUACGAUGGGAACCAGGUAAAAGAGUUGCUGGGAAUUCUUUUCCAUGGAGCAGAAUCUUUGUUACUGUUCACUCAGAAUGUACUUCGAGUUACUGUGUACCACUUGAGAAAUGAGAGCACAGAAUCUCCAGAGCCAGUCGAGUUAUUUCGUAUCUCAAAGUCAUGCAGGAGGGUAGUGCACCAACUCCAAAGUGAAGUUUCAUUGUCAAACUCUGUGCAGCAGUUGACAAGUGAAGAACAAGAGUUUGUGAAGCAAAGCAGCAUUUUAAAAGCAUCCUCUUCCUUUAUGGAACAGCUUUUAAACGGAAACUUCAGUUCUCUGAAUAGAGUGUUCAUGAAGUCUUCCAUGAUACUUAACUGUCAGUGUGCCUUAUCAGAUCAGGGUAAAGAAUAUCUAGCUGCUUUUGCUGCCUCAGGAGGGACUCAAGUUUCAUGGCUGGUUACGUCUUGUAUGGUUAAAGGAGAAGCUUUGAAAAUGGCAUCAAGGAACAAAGGCUUACUUCCUACAGCAGGAGUAGCAGCAAAGCUUACAGAAGUACACCCAGGGAACUUUGUACCUGUUCCAAUAGCGAAGCCUUUCGACUCUCAGGAUAAAUAUCAAGAUAGUACGUCUUGCCAUAAUGGUGGAGUGUUUUGCUUCCUUCCAUUACCCAUCCACAGUGGCCUUCCAGUCCAUAUCAACGGUUGUUUUGCUGUCAGUGACAACAGACGUUAUCUACGUGAAAGAACAGAAGAAGACAAGACAGACCAAGGUGCAGCAUGGAACGAUGUUCUUAUGAGGGAAGUAGUCUGUCAGACAUACAUCAGCAUGCUGGAUGACAUGAAGGACUUGUCGUCGCGCAAUGGAUACGUAUUUCAUUCGUUGUGGCCAAGRUGCUCUGAUGUACAAACAAACUGCCAUGGGAUCGCUUCCCGAUUCUACAGUUCAUUAUUUUAUGAACAUCCAGAGCUGUUUUCAGAUAAUCAUGAAUGGACCAGUAUGCAGAAUGUCGUGUUUUUGGAGCCUGCAUUUAGAAGGGUGCAACAGAUUGGCCAGAUCGCAUUUGACCUAUUCAAGACCAGUUUAGAAGGUACAAAUACCAUUGUAGUUGACAUKCCUGAAGAUGUAUCGAGAUCCUUUGAAAGAUAUGAACUACAAAAUGGGAUACAAAAGAUGUGUUACAACAAAGAACGUUUUUUCAGUGAAGUGUUCUUUCCCGCCAUUGAUUCAAUAGGCGCAGGCUCAAGAAACGAACUCGUUCUCUACGCUCUUGACGACACUUCAGAGAUACUUAGGGAACUUGUUGGAAGUAAUCGUUGUAUUCCUUCUUCAYCAUUGGGGCUUCAACUAAAGUACCCUAAAGAACUUCUCAAUCCCGGUGGCAAAGCGGCGCAACUGUUCAGCCCUGAAGACGGGAGAUUUCCUCUUGGGGAUAAGUUUACUUCGGAGGAACGUUUAGUGACGUUAAAGAGAUUAGGUAUGCGAGAUGAUKACCUUGAGUGGGAAGAAGUAAUAGAAAGAGCCGAGAGCGUCAAAAGUCUUGUUCCCUACCAUCAAGCUUUGGAAAGAACGAAGCUGAUUCUUGCCUUCAUUGAUAGGAAACUGGAUAACGAUCAUAAGGUUGACAAUGAUGUUCAGACGAGACUGCAACGAGUUCAGUUCCUUCCGAUAAUGAAAAAACCAGAAGCCUUCCCUUUUAAAUGGAGGGGAGACGAAUAUCAAAUCAACACUUUUCUAUCUGCAGCAGAACUUUACCCGAGAGAGGUGAAGUAUUUGGCCAGUGUGUGUGUACCGAUCCUGGAUGAYUCUAAAAGUGGAUGUGGCCACCUUAACMGSAAAGUUGGAAAUAUUUUGUCCAUGACUAAUAAGACAGCUUCUCUUGAUCAAGUCAAGAUGCAGCUGAAAAGUGCAAUAGCAGCGGACGAAGCUUUUCGAAAAACCAACAGCUUCGAUGAAAUCAAGAAAGGUUUAGAGAAAAUGUAUGACUACCUUCAAUGCAGUCCCAGGGAAGUAAAGGAAGACAUCGUGGACUUCCUAAAACCACUUGAGUUCAUUCUCGUCGAGAAGCACUUUCUUUCAUGUGAACAAGUUGCAUUUUCUUCAGAAAUCCAAUUUCCGCCAUAUCUAUGCCCAAUGACUGAAAGCUAUCUGAAAUUUCGUGAAUUGUUUAUGCUCGCUGGGGUUCGAGAAUCGUUUGAGGCCCAUGAUUACAUCAAGACGCUUCAAAAGGUGAAACAUAAACAUGAAGAGAAUCCAGUUACAGAAGAGCUCGAUAAGGUGGUAACUGUUUCAAAAUUGGUGGCAGCUAUCAUGAAAAAGCAGGAUCUGGAGAAGUAUGGAACUAUUUUCCUCCCUGAUUCGAAGAGGAUUAUGAAACCGUCAACAGAUGUAUGUGUGAAGGACUGCUAUUGGAUGCCCGAUGAGGAAGGAGUCCUUUAUGCAUAUGACGGUAUACCACCAAAGGAUUGCAUCACACUUGGAGCGAAGACAAGAAGACAGGAAACACUUAGCAAAUGCAAGCGCACAUUUGGUCGUCCAUUUGGACAGAAAGAGAAGCUUACUAAAAGGCUUAAACGCAUACUAGACGGAUAUCCAGGCGAUGAAUCAAUCAUGAAAGAACUUCUCCAGAAUGCAGACGAUGCUAAGGCCAAAAAAGUCUGUUUUAUCAAUGAUCCACGGCAACAUCCAGAUGAGAGAGUCUUUGAAGAGUGCUGGAAGCCCCUCCAAGGGCCUGCUUUGUGCGUUUACAACAACGCACCAUUCACAAAGAGUGACAUCGAGGGAAUACAAAACCUUGGCGAAGGGAGUAAAGGAGAUGAUCCAAACAAAACUGGUCAGUAUGGUGUGGGAUUCAAUGCAGUGUAUCAUCUGACCGAUGCGCCAACAUUUAUGUCACAAGGAGAAGAGAUUGGCGAAGUAAUGUGCGUAUUUGACCCAACUUUGAGGUUCGUUCCUGGUGCAGAUGAAUUCAACCCUGGAGGUAUUUACGACAAUAUUUCUUACCUCAAAAGAAUAUUCACCGAUGUGUUUCCUUGCUACCUUGGCGAACAUUUUCCAAUUAACAACGGAACGAUGUUUCGUUUUCCUUUUCGCAACCAGGAAAUGGCUAAAGAGCCAAAAAGCUGCAUAACCCCUAAAUGUAUAUCAAAUGAAGAUCUCAAUAACCUGCUUGAUUCUUUCAAAAACGAAAUGCUUGAAAUUCUUCUUUUUGUUAACAACGUGAAAGAAAUCUCAGUCUUUGAGAUUGACAAGGAAACUGGAAACAUGACCGAAAAAUACAGUGUGACGGCAUCGCUAUCAGAAGAAGACGAAGAAAAACGACGAGAUUUUACGACUUAUGUCAAUCUACAGAGUAGAGAAAUAUCAGUGACUGACAUUCCUUUAAAGAAAGUUUCCUAUGUCUUGGAACUGAAAGAUAGUAGAGGUCUGAAACAGAAAUGGUUUGUCGUACAGCAAAUUGGCUUUGAAAACCAAGAGGACAUCCCAGACAACAUUGAAGAAGCAUUUGAAAGAGGAGAUCUUGGUCUGUUACCACGUGGUGGAGUGGCAUCGUUGAUCAGUUCUUCGGGGGAUCACCAAGAUACUCAGGGAAAAGCCUUUUGUUUUCUUCCCCUUCCUUUCAAAACCGGUCUUCCAGUUCACAUUAAUGGCCAUUUUGCUCUAAACCACGAGGAUCGUAGAAGCCUGUGGAGAGAUGAUAAAAGAGACUACAGGAGUAACUGGAAUGAUGCAUUACUGCGACAAGUGGUUGCGCCRUGCUAUGUAACCUUACUAGAYGAGGUGAGGCAGCAUAUAUCCUUGCCGAGAAACGCUAAUGGAAAGACAUUUAUUAAUGGUGACCGAAAUAAURGAGAAUGUGUUCUUUCAAACUACUUCAAGUAUUUUCCAUCAUUUGCUGUCAAAGAAGAGUAUUGGAAAACUCUGACAAGRGAAGUGUACCGCUACAUGAAUGMARGAMRYUUGCSUYUKCUUCCAGUGCUACGCGAAAGCUUUGAAGGAAAUCAACACCAAGAUAGUGUUUGUAUUGAGUGGUUGCCAUCAACAGGGCAUGGACGCAACAGAGCUUUCUUUGGUAGUUUAUCAGAUAAACUACCCCCAUACUACGAAUCACUCAACGAAGAAAUGAAAAUCAAAGCUGUGAAAGACUCUAAGAGACUGAGAGACACUCUCCUUGCCUUGGGUAUCAAUUUGCUUUUUACACCGGAUGAUAUCGACGUUCACAACCGUUUUAUCACGGCAAGCGUGGAUGUGAGUCGUAUAACUCCAAAAGAUGUUAUUGAUUUCUUUUCAACAUACAACUCUUCUGAUCAAUUGUGUGACGUAGGAAAUCUACCCUUGYCAAUUUCAAAGACCCCAUUCAGGAAUAUUGAAAACUUACUAAGGAUUCUAAAAUACUGCAAACAAGAUGCAAAGUUUUUCCAAAGACUUGAUGGUCUGCCACUCUUACUUACUCAAGAUGAGGUUCUCGGAGUCUUCCGCCAAUCAGACAAAGUCUUCCUUAGCAGCUACUGUGAAAUACUUCCUAGUUGUUCUUCAAUGUUUGUGCACAAACAGCUCUUCAAUGGCGUCUUUCAUUUUGAUCGGGACUCCAACCCAUUUAUGUCUCCAGUCUUUAAGACAUUUGACAUCAAAGCUUUUGCAAGUCUUCUCCCAAGGGAAAUGGACGAGAACCAUUACAGAACGACGGACAGAGUUGUGAUUUGGAAUCCAGAGAAUAAAAACCACCAGAUUCCAAAUAAACAAUGGAUAUGGCAUGUGUGGAGGUUCUUUUCGAAUUAUAUCGAGAAAAAGGUCGAGCGUUACGAUGAAGCACAGAGUCGUACAAGGAAAUAUCCUCAGAAUUAUCAUGAGAGAAAGGAGUUGCAACAACGCCAUGAACUGCAAGACAAAGAGGCAAGGAAGUGCAUAGCCCAARAGGCGUUAACUCCUGUGAUGCACUGGUGUCUUUUACCAGCAUUUGAAGCUAACCCACACGUCCACCCAGUUAGUGUCAAGCAUAUCCUCCUCCCCAUGGGCAUGUCUAACACUGUGAUUGAUUUAGAAAGUUCAACCGGGUUCGACUUAAAGGAAACUUUGAAGAAAAUUCUCCUUCCUCAACUAAACUGCAGCUUGAUCGAUGGUGAAUCUAUGUCUGGGUACAGGAGUGGACCUUCUAAAACGGCAAAACGACUUGUGGCAUCUCUUGCAGACCCAAAUUCAGUUCUUACUGUACUUUUGAAGAAAAUGAGUUUUGAUCCUAACUCAUUUAAAGCCUUURAMGCAGAUGAUUGUCUCCAUGUGCUAGGAUAUUUUAAUAAUCACCUUACCAAGCUGGAACCCUCAACUGCUGAAAAACUGAAAAGGUUGCCUCUUUACGAAACCAUUCACGAUGACAUCAUUAGUAUCAGCGGAAAGCAAGCAUAUGUUCUGUCGUCAAGAAUUCCAAAGGACGACAUGCACAUAUGGCAAGAAACGUCAGGAAUCGUUUUUCUCAAAGAGAAUAGGAGUUUGGAAAAGCUGCAUGAAUUCCUUCAAUGUCACACUAAAGAUGAGGUGGAUGUUUACUGUGACAUCAUCUUCGAGAAGUUUGAGGAGAUAUGCGAAGAAGCACGAAUAAAACACGUGAUAUUUGUCCGCGAGUUACUGAAUGUGCUAAAAACAAGUAUUUCAAUUUUAAGCGAUGAAGAAAUAACGAAAAAAGCAAAACUGGCAAAACUGACAAAACUCAGUCAAGCGCUCUUCAAAAUGAAGUUUAUGACAGCACAAGAUGGGGCUUUAAAACCAGCAUCUUCCUUUUACGAUCCGUCUAACAAAGUUUUUGCUGCAAUGUUUAAAAACAACCAAGAGAUGUUUCCACCAGAACCGUUUUGUGAGGCUGAAUGGCUACCCUUUCUACGUCGGAUAGGACUCAUCCAUGAAGUCAGUGAUGCACAGUUCCUGAAAUUUGCCAAAGAAGUUAAAUUUGAAGCCGAAACAAGGCUAGAUGAUGGAACGAGAAAGAAAUCGGAAGCUUUAUUAACUUACCUUUUCGAAUCUGAGAACAUUGCAACCAGCAAGCUACUGGAUGAUGUUAAGGAAAUCUGUUUCAUCUUUCCCUAUGUCGUCGAUCCUAGUCUGGAAGCCAUCCACGAGCAGUAUGGCACGAGUGAAACUGGUUCACCGUGUAUUYGCUUUCAAGGCUCUGUAGCCUCCAAGAACCAAUAUAUUACCUGGACAACUGCUAACCUUCUGUCAAUGACUCACAAUCCGUUGCAUUGUGAUAACGUUACUAACCAAGAGAAAAACGAGAUUUCCCAACGACUGGGCAUUCUUCAAAACCCAUCCGUUGAUAUGGUCGUCAAUCAUAGCAAGAACAUUUGCAACGCACAGUACCAAUUGAAUUGCACCGACAACUUUGUCGGAAAACGAAGCAUUAAUGAUCUUAAAAAGAUUAUUGCAAUAAUGACAAGCAUUUACAAGUAUCUGCAAAGGAACUACAAUGGAAAUGAAAAGGUCAUAAAUGAGCUGAAGAACAUCCACUGCAUUGUAGUUGAUGGUGGCGAGCGAUUUGUGUUUCCUAACCAAGUGGCCGUGGAUAUCACAUCAGACCAGGAAAUCCAGCCAUAUCUGUACAAGAUUCCCCAGGAAGUGGCAUCUUAUACAGUACUGUUUGAGAAUCUUGGUACAACCAACACUAUCACUGUAGCACAGUAUGCAGAAGUCCUGAGAAGCAUAUAUACGGAGUCUGCUUACCAAAAACUGGAUCCUAACCAGAUAUCCAAUGCCUUUAAGGCAACCAAAGGCCUUUUUGACAUAAUUGCUAAAGACGACCAAGGAACACCCGCUGAAGGCUUAAAACUGUACUUGCCAGGAACAAUGCGAAACCCUGAUAACCAAGCUCAGAAUAUGGUGUUUUUGAGAAAAUCUACWSAUAUUUUGUACAAUGAUGCUCCUCAUUUUAAAGAAAGAAUUGAACAUUUCAACAACUUAAUCCUGGUCAAGCUCUCUGAAUGUGGAUUGAACGUUSCUAAUGAUGACUUGCUGUUGAAAAAACUUCCUSAAUCCAUUCGUCCUCGUAUGCUUACGUCAGUGGUUCAUGAAACAUUGAUGGACGGGGACCAGGCUGUUUCUUGUUCCAGUACAGCACAGUACCUCCGACAGGUUUUGASAUCAMGUGAGUUUUGUCAUGGAAUGAUACGCCUGAUCAAACAUGCUGACUACAAAAGUGAUGUGCAGACCAGCACAGAAAUCCCUGCCUUGGUACAAGAAAGGUUGAGAUGCAUUCAUGUGUACAGCGUUCCUAACCUUCGGACGAAGCUUGUGUACAGUGGUAGAGCAAUACCUAGGAGUGAAUUAGACGUUUCUUGCUUCGAGGAAGAAACGAAAGAAAAGGAUCAAAAAGUGUGGAAGAUAUACAUCGAAAAGGAAGCUGAUCUUUCCACGUACGUUUCAGUGGUGGCUGAAAUUAUAGAUAGAAUAACGGGACAUCUUCUGAAAACAAUGCUGGUUCACCUUCCGACAUUGCUCUCAUCAAAACCCUACGAAAUAAAGGGACUCUUGGAUAGACUAAAGAUUCGCGAGGACAAGUCAGUGAUAAAAACUGAAGCAACAAGUCUUCCUACACCUGGCAGCUUCAUUCAUAUUACAGACCAUCACUUGCUGGUGGAUGACUUCACAGUGUUYAGUCCUGGUGAGUACGUUGGUUACGAGCUUGAUGAUCCAAGUCUUCGAGGAGAAGAUGGCACCCCAACCUACAUCUAUGCAAUUGUCAUCGAAGAAGUCACCGAGGAYGGACAACCCUCAAACACAGAACCAAGCUUAAGAAAAUACAGAAUUGAUAUCGGGAAAGACAAAGAACCAAUUGUUGUAGACGCAGCAGACUUGUACAAGUUCUAUCGUCCAAGYCAAGGGAACAGUGAGUGUUUAGAAAURGAACCCUUCACAGGUUCUCAAGAUGAAAAGCCUGCCARUCUUGAUGAGCAUGAAAUUCGAAACGAGAUCAGAAGAAUUCUYCAAGAGGCUUGGAAGCAACCCGAAGAGAAACGAAAAAAGAUCAUAAAGCGUCUGUACCUUAAGUGGCAYCCAGACAAGAAUCCUGGAAAUGAACAGUUUUGUACAGAGGUGUUUAAGUUUAUUCAGCAGGAAAUCGAAAGACUUGAAAAAGAAGAACGCUUUGCCGGGAAGACUCGAACACGGAGUGCCACGAGAUCUGAUCACAGCUACAGCGGAUUCUACAGUAGCUUUUUUAAUUUCUGGUCAGACCGUGCACGAUAUCACAGUGGCCAAAGAUCUUCCUUCUAUAGUGGUGGUGGCUUUUCUACUUUUUCUUGGAGGUCAUACAGACGUAACCCUCAACCUGGUGAAGCAAGAAGGUGGUACAAACAAGCGGAAGCAGAUCUGGAAGCGGCAAGUAACGAUGUAGAUUGUCAAAGAACCUCGUACGAAUGGGCUUGCUUCAAGUGCCAUCAGUCUGCAGAGAAAGCCCUCAAAGCAGCACAGUAUUCCAAAGACGCUGACAAGACUAGCACCCACAGCCUUACAUCGCUUGCUCGAGAACUGAACAACAGCACYCUACAAAGUCUAGCGUCACAACUCGAAUGCGAGGUUGGAAAUUCAAUGCGCAUGCGYUAUCCAGAUCAAGUGAGCUCCCCUAACAUACCGCAUGAUGUGUAUGACAAAGAAACCGCUUUACGAGCAAUCAAGAUCGCAUCGGAGAUUAUCCAAGAGGUGGAYUCAAACUACAUAAAGGAUUUAAAGUAGAUGAACUACUUGCUAUACCGGGGUUUUGACUCUACUAUUAAAGAUCACAAGAAUAGUGAUAUCAUGAAAACAUGCCAGAAAAAAAUCCGAUUCAAGUUGCCUCUGCCAAGACCGCAAAACUAGUCAUGUGAUUGACAGUGUCACAGAAUAUUUGGGAACAAUGAUCUGUAUACACCUACUUGCAAGAAGGUUGUCAUACCAGAAUAGAACAUUCGUAAUUUAAUAAAUUAGUGAUUUAGUACAUUUACCGAUUAGGAAUAAAUUAUCACUGACGUCAGACUCGAAUUCAUCAGUAAGAAAAAGAUAAUUUUUGGACGACGUGAUGUAACCGGCAUGCAGAUAAAGAUGUAAUUUCAAAAUUAAAACGAAAAUGAAUAAAAAAUAAGAUCAGUAUUUGUUUUUGUACGUUUCUGCUCGUGUAACRUUGUGGCUAUCAUGCAGUAAAAAUAAUAGGUUGACAUAAUAACAAURCUAAAAGAAUUUCAAUUUAGACUGGGAAAGCUAACGUAAGUAAAACUACGAAUUCUAGCGCUGCCUGGCGUUUCUGAGAUGUUAGUAGUUAGUCUGACGUCAGUGAUAAUUUAUUCCUAAUCGGUAAAUGUACUAAAUCACUAAUUUACUAAAUUACAAAUGUUCUAUUCUCGUAUGACAACAUUCUUGCAAGUAGGUGUACAUAGAAUGCUUCACGUUUUAUACUUUUAUAUAUAUAUACGUUUCAAUUUACAAAUAAUGUAGUCAACUCUCGUUACAGCGGACACGCUCGGGAUCGUCGGUUACUAUCCGUCAUUCGUAAUAGCGAGCGUCCACUGGGACCGUCACUUGGUGUCCGUAAUAGCGAGCGUCCCUCGGGACCGUCACUUGGUGUCCGUAAUAGUGAGAGUUAUUUACAGUCAAUUCUUUGUCAGUAUUUUUUUGCCGGGAGACUUGCUCCAGUAGCGAGGUGACCGUAAUGUCGGGGUGUCCGCAUUGCGAGAGUUGAUUGUAGAGCCAUUUUUUUGUCGUUUUUAAUUUUAAUUUAAUGAUAAAAUUCUUAAAUUUCUUCAACUCUUAAAUUUCGUUGGGAUUGUAGUUAGUAUUAAUAAGGGGUCAGUUUUACCCGCGUAAUCGAAAUGACUUAAGAGAGUCAGAGUAGAUAAUUUUAGCCCGAGUAAUGGAGUAGUUGACUGUUAGUAGCUCCAUGAUUUCUUGUUGUUCUUUCUUUUAAAGUUAAUUUACUGAUAAAAUUAUUUAACGCCUUCAACUCUAAAUCGUUGGGAUUGUAGUUAGUAUUAGUAAGGGACUGAAAUAUAGAAAUGACUGUAAAGAGUCAGAGUAGAGAAUUUUACAGGUAAAGUAUUAGCUCCAUUCGUUAUAAUUGUUGUUUUUUAAACUUAAGUUAAGUUGUUGAUAAAAAUAUUCAACUCUGAGCUUAGUCGUGGGAUUGUAGUUAGUAUUGAUAACAAGGGCACUGAUUCUGUUUUGCCCGUGUAAUAUUUUUACUCUUUCUCUGUUCGUUAGUAAAAAAUAAGGCCAUAUUAUAAACUGCGGUUAAAAAAUUCUUUUUUUCAUUGGGUAUAUAUUUGUAGCACUUUAACUUAGCUUUCAUUAUGUUUAUUACUACAACACGAUAAGCUGCCUUACUACCGUUUGAAUGUACUUGUGGCUUAUAGAAUAAAUGAAACUAGAAUCCACAUAUACAUCCUUUUUUUUACAAAAGAUGUUGUGCAGCCAUUUUUUUACAAAAGGAUGUUGUGCAUGUAGCAUAUCAAGCCCGAAAUGCACUAUGGACAAUGUGAAUGCAAUCAGUCGCAACAGUAUGGAAAUUUUUGACCAAACUUUUUUCUGCAUUUUUCUAGCAUUUUGUGUGUGUGUGUAUAUGUGUGUGUGUGAGUGUGUGUGUGAGUGUGUGUGCUGACAUUGUUCGCAUAUGAAUAUAAUACAUUUCAGUUGACUGAUACCGAUAACCUAUAAUCGAACACGAACUGCGGACAUCUUGGAAAUCACGGGUGUCAAUAUAUUAUUCACCACUUUCACAUCCCCAUAAUACAUUGCGGUCUCGUGGGGAAUGCGAAAGUGGUGAAUUUUGA